GCGAUGUUUUAUCGGAAACUAGUCAUUUCUGACAUUUGGUCACUUCCACGAGUUUGAUAUAGAGAUGGACACAUAUUCCAGUCACGGGCCAUGUAUAAACAUGAUACCCGGCCCUGUUUCACUCUCAUCGAAACAAUAAAAUUCAUUUACUCGCACGCUUCACCUAAUGCUCGAUCUAAUUAUGGCCCGGACAUGUUUCCGUUGCUCAUUUUAGUAGUUCACAAAUCACGGGAACUAGCGUUUGAUUUUAUAUGUGACUUAUUAACUGGGCUGCGUGAGAAGUAUUUAUUUGUAUACUGACUCUGCAUAAUUAAGUAGAGUAAUAUAUGAGCAUCGUAGCUGUCCCUCGUCUUCAUAAACUGGUUGAGGUGGAGCUUGUGACAUAUCUUGAGCGUUAGUUAACAGACUUUAAGAGGUAGCUAAAAACAGACUUACUAUAUCAUUGCAUUUGACUUUUUUUGACAGAAAUAGCACUAAAAUUCUGUCGGUAAUAUGGAUGAGACUUGAUAUGAUUCUUCUGGACUAUAUUUGUAACAAAAACAUCCUACCAAAGAAUAAAGAUGUUUUCCAACAUUUGGAACAAUCUACCUCAACAAUUUCAAAACGAUCUUGCCACCACUGCAACUUUCGGAACGCUGUUGAUAAUUUUAUAUUACAUAUACAUUCGAAAUAUUCGUAAAAAUGCUAAAAAGAGAAGAGGGAGUGUGCAAGAAGCCAAAAGACUAGAUGGUCCGUUUUCAUGGCCCAUCGUGGGGAAUGCCUCCCAGAUUAGCGACGGGCAUAUCACGUUUUGCCGAUGGGCGGAAAAAUAUGGGCCAGUUUAUCGAAUAAAACUGGGAACUCAUUUUACAUUGGUGCUAAAUAGUUUAUCUGCAAUCAAGCAAGCCAUUAAUCAGCAUAGAGAUAUAUAUUCUGGAAGGCCCAUAUUCAAAUCGAACGAAGUCGUUUCGUUUGGUAGGGGAGUCGCUUUUAAUGACAGGACAACAAUGCCCGAUUGGCAUAAACGCAAAGGAUUUAUGGUAAAAAAGCUGCACUUAUAUGUUGUGUCAUCAGAAACAAAACAGAAACUUGAACAGAACGCCACAAAAAUGAUAUUAUAUCUUGGAACUACUGUCGAACAGCAAGCAAAAAAAUCAGUCUCAGGUUAUAUUGAUCCGGCAGAUAUUGUAAAAACAUCAAUAGGGAAUUUCAUGUGUCUAGUUUGCUUCGGAAGAUCUUAUCCAGUUACAGACGAAGUAUUCCUCAGACUACUCAGCAAUAAUAAAGAAUUUGGCGAAGUAGCGGGAAUGGGGAAUCGCAUCGAUACUAUGCCGUGCUUAAAGAUUAUGCCCAAGUAUAGGAAAGCGGCAAAAGAGUUUGAGACAUUAAGUAAAAGAAUUCGAAACUGGGUUUAUGAACGAUUUGAUGAGAAUCUUGCUAUUCACGAAAGGGGGGAAUGCAAAUCUCUUGUAGACGUAUUUCUUCAAGAUGAUUGGACUUCUAAUUUGACUAAUGGUUGCCAAAACGGCAGUAAUCAUUCAAACUCAAGGAUGAACAAGAUCGACUUUGUAGCUCUUUUUGUGGAUAUAUUUGGAGCUGGUCAAGAUACUCUUGUCAGUGCUCAACUAUUCAUUUUUCAUUACAUGCUGAAAUAUCCAUCAAUUGCGAAAAAAAUUCGGAAUGAAGUGAACAGGGUAAUUGGGAAAAACGGAACUAUUUCAAUCGCUGAUCGUCCCAGUUUGCCCUACACAGAAGCUGUCAUACAUGAAGUAUUCCGACAUUCAAGUCUAACAGCAACUACAAUACCUCAUCGUACUCUGGCCGAUUCCGUUGUCCAGGGUUACCACGUACCUUCAAAUUCUUUAGUGCUCCUCAACUUUUACGCGGUCAACCAUGACCCUAAUUUUUGGAAGUCUCCGGAAGUUUUUCACCCGGAACGGUUUUUAUUACAUUCAUUGGAAGGCGGGUUAGAAUUAAAUAAAAAUAUCAUAAACAAGUAUUUGGUAUUUUCAUCAGGCGCGAGAAAGUGCCCUGGCGACGAGAUUACUUUUCAUUGGUUGAUUUUAUCGACUUCAAUUCUUUUGCAUAAAUAUGACUUAAUGCAAGAUCCGAAUUAUCCGGCAACUGAAGGUGAAAAUUUUGGACUCACUGCACGGCCUCAACCAUUCAAGAUGAAAUUGGUUAGAAGGCAUGAACAAAGCAACGGCACUUCAUGACUAACGAAAAAUUUAAUAAAAUAUUUUUUAUGAGUAUGGGCCGUACAGCGUUGCCCAGGAUAGGCCGAUACAAAGUCGAUAACAAAUAAGUAGAGCAAUUGUAACAAAUCAUUACGUUUGCUAUAUAAUUCAUUUUUAUUGUUUUUAAUUUUAAACAUGAUGAUAUCAAAUUGAAAUGAAAAUAAAUUAUAAUUACACAAUAAAAUCAAUUGCAUAUUUAUUUCGAACGCUAAAUUACACUACUUUGAUAUGGGGUAAGCAAAAUAUGCCAAAUUUACUUUGAAUUCGUAGUAUUUCUAAAUUAUUUCUACACUGAUUUGCAUGCUGACUUAUGUUUAUCCAACUAUUGACUGAGGUUUUCCAGUCAGUCUGACUAUCUCUAUGAGUCUCCAAAUGAUCGCCACAUUAGUAAUCUUAUUAUAAACGUUCGUUAUUUGCGAAAAGUACUUUCAAUUGUUAUUGUGAGGUCACAAAUGCGAUUUUUUCGUUUUUCUUUCUUCGAUGUCUUCAAUUUAUUUCAUUUUGUGUGGGUUUUACUAAUAUUCGUUUUAUCUUUAUUAUAAUGUGAUCAUCAUCCUAGUGGCUUAAGUGCCCAAGUCAUUUUGACGUUUUCCAAAUGAAAUGAGAGUCUCGUUCUUAUUUGGAAAUGAUGAAAAUGCCCUGGGCAUUUGUGUUGUGAAGGUUAAAUAUUAUAUUUCUACUUUUUGUUUGUGAAAAUUUCUUUACUUUGUAAUUUAAAAACUAAAUAUAUACAGAUUCUAAUA